AUGUCCGAAUCAGCUAGCUUAAAGCCGUUGACAACGUGCCGCAUUUGCGACAAGGUGUUUGCAAGGCCUUCAACUCUACGAAGACAUAUAGGAAACGUGCAUCAUGUAACAGCAGAUCUGCGCCUUCCUUUCAAAUGCCAGGACUGCAAAUCGGAGUUCGCAAACCUCGAAGCUCUGCGAAAUCAUGCGGUCUCAAAGCAUCAAUUUCCAGAGGAAAUCGUGGAAAGAACCUUCGACAAUGAAGAAGAUUUUAAGAAGUGGAAGGAAAGUGAAGAGACAGAGUGGCAGGCAAGAUUUGUCUCAUCCACUGCAGCAAAACGACUGGCAGAUGGGUCUGUUAGGCAGUACCUGACAUGCCAUCGUUCCGGAGUCUACUCAAGCACAGGGGUGGGAAAAAGGAGGUUAAAAUCACAGAAAUCCUGUAAAAUCGGAAGUCACUGCUUUGCAUCCAUGACAGUAACAAGAGAAGGUGAAGCAGAAGCAGUCAAGGUGCGCUACCAGAAAUGUCACACCGGACAUGGUGUCGAACCCCAACAUUAUGGACUUUCAUCAAAUGAAAAAGCGGAAAUUGCAGGAAAGCUAGCUGAAGGCGUCUCGCUGCAGGCCAUAUUGGACAGCAUCCGAGACUCCAUUGCAGGCCCUGUGACACGGCUUCAUCUUGUGAACCGACGAGACCUACACAACAUACUGAAGUCAUUCAACAUUACGUAUUCGGAACGGACAAACCAGAACGAUGUUUUAAGUGUUGCCACGUGGGUGGACUCAAUGCAACCUCAAGAUAACAGUCCAGUGAGGUACUUCAAGCAACAGGGGCUCUGUGACGAGAAAGGUCUUUUUGAGAAAGAUGACUUUGCUUUAGUCAUUAUGACAGAACCCCAGCAACAUUUGCUCUCGAAGCUCGGCUCAGAGAAGAUAUGCAUUGACUCAACUCAUGGCACGACUGGGUAUGACUUUCUCCUAACAACCUUGAUGACAGUGGAUGAGUACGGGGCUGGUCUUCCCUGUGCAUAUUUGCUGAGCAACCGUGCAGAUACUUCAACUAUGAAGGUGUUCUUUGAGGCAGUGAAGGCAUCUGCUGGCAGUCUUGCCACAAAAGUUUUUAUGUCCGACGACGCAUCCGAAUUCUACAAUGCAUGGGAAAGUGUAAUGGGGCCAGCAGAACGCAGGCUCCUAUGUGCUUGGCAUGUCGAUCAUAACUGGCGUAAAAACCUGAACAAACUCAAGGGACAGCACGUACAGGUUCAAGUGUACAAGACACUAAGGUUACUUCUGGAAUGCACAAACGUGGAGCAGUUUCAGAAGCUCAUGCAUCAAUUUUUAUGUGACAAGACUGAAGUUAUUCAAGACUUCCUCACAUACUUCAAAAACAGCUAUGCAACCCGGCCUGAGAUGUGGGCAUAUUGCUACAGAGCAAGUGCAGGAAUCAAUACAAAUAUGUACCUUGAAAGUGGUGUGGAACAUGAGACGGUGACCAAAGUCCACAAGCUAUUACAAAAUGCUGCUGACCUGCUAAGUGCACAGGAAGCAGCAAAGUGCUCAAAAGAGCCAAACAACAAAAAGCUGGUAAAGCAACUUCGCUACCACACGACAAAGAAAAAGUGGACAAAGAAACCCAGACUCAGUCUUUCAAAGCCUACAGCAGCUGAAAAAGAAAUGCUAAAGCACCAGCUCAAUGACAACGAGGCUGAAGUCACUUACAUUCAUGCAGGCGCAGAUCAUGCAUACAAAUUUUUGUAG